AGGGCGGCGUCAGGCGGAGUGUGUAGCAGGCGCCUGUGGUGUGAGCCAGUUAUAGGGAGGGAUCCCGAGCAUGCGAGCGAGUCUGUCAGUCGUUACACUGCCUUGUGCACUCUAUGCCAACGCUGCGAGCCUUCCACGCUGCACCUCCAGCCCGAGAGUUUCUCUGCGGCACCACGAAGAUCUUGAUUAAACUGCGCCAGGUGGAUUGAAAACCGGCUUUGAAGAAGGUGCCACCAACCAACACUUCCAAGAAGCAAAGGACCUUGGCAAUUAAAACUGGGUAUAAUUUUAAAGGGGAGGUGAAGAGGAUAUCGUGUCGACAAUGGGAAAUCAACUUUCCGAACUAACGCCCAGUGGAGCUUUCUUGCCUCCUUUUCACUCCCUACACAUUGUGGCGAUAGGAUUAGAUUCAGCAGGAAAGACAACUUUAUUGUAUCGACUCAAAUUAAAGGAAUUUGUCAACACUAUUCCGACCAAAGGGUUCAACACUGAAAAAGUCAAAGUGCCGAUUGGGAACUCGAGGUCCAUUACUUUCCAGGUCUGGGACGUUGGUGGCCAAGAGAAGCUGAGGCCUCUGUGGAAGUCCUACACGAGGCGUACAGAUGGCAUUGUCUUUGUGAUAGACUCCUCUGAGCGGGAGCGAAUGGAGGAGGCCAAAGCUGAGCUGCACAAGAUUUCCAAGAGUUCUGAAAACCAAGGGGUGCCCGUCUUAAUCUUUGCCAACAAACAAGAUUUGCCCGGGGCUGCCUCAGUGCCUGAAAUGGAAAAGUCCCUGGGUGUAAAUGAACUGGGAUCCUCAACUCUGCACCAUAUCCAGAGUUCCAGUGCCGUGAACGGCCAGGGGUUGCAACAGGGACUCGAGAGACUGUACGAAAUGAUCGUUAAACGGAAGAAGAUGCUCAGACACCAGAAGAGGAAAAGAUGAACUCUUGCCUCAACUCCACCAUCAAUUAAGACUUGAAUCUGUGCUGUUUGUAGGUUAGGUUGAUAAUGGAGGUUCCUAAUAGAGAAUCUAAAUGGUCAGAAGCACACAACUUGCCUCGUUUAUAUAUUUCCAGCCUUUUGGGGAGACCCAAAUUCAAUCUUUCCACUUUGUUUCUGUCCUCUCAAGACGGUGUGUAGGAUGUACCACUGCGACAGCACACAGGUCUGGCAAUCCAAAUGCCAAUCUGCACCAUGGACUGUACUGCCCAGAGACAAAGCAGGAGAGGUGGGAAUGGUUGGUGGUACAAACUGACCAUUGCUGAUGAACCGCAGUAAUACAUGGGGUUUUACAUGUUGUUUGGACACUAUUUGUGAAUUGAUAGUUAUAGCAAAGGUCCUUGGUGUGCUGGAGUCUUUUGAUUUUGCGUUUGCAAAUAUGUUCCUGUUAUGCUUGAUUGUACAAGGUCAGCCCUCUACAAAUACACGGACAGAACUUCACUAAGAACUGGCAAGAGAACUUGGUCAAUGGAGUUGCAUCCUCUUUUUUCCUCUCCAGCUGUCCCCUUUUUCAAUAAUUUUAAUAAUUCGCUCUUGCGGAGCUGAUCAUAAUUCUGAUAAUCACUACUGUUUCUUUGCGGCUAACAAUGGAUUAGGUUCAUAGAGUCAUAGAACUGUAUAAUACAGAUACAGGCCCUUCGGCCCACCUUUCCAAGCCGAUUAAGCUGGCAUACUGGGCUGGUCCCAUUUGCCUGUAUUGGCCCUAAACCCUUCCUGUCCAUACACACUGUCCAAAUGUCUUUUAAAAAUCACAAUGGCAUCCACUUUUACAGCUUACUCUGGCUUAUGUUCCAGAUAAGACCAGCCUCUGAGUGCAAAGGUUGCCUCUGAGGUCCCUCUCAAAUCUCUCCUCUCUCACCUUUAGCCUAAACCCUCUAGUUUUAGAAUCACUCACACUGGGGAAAAAGACAGUGAGCAUUCACUUAAUCUACACUUCUCAUGACCUAGCACACCCCUUUGGUCUCUUACACUCCAAAGAAAAAAAAAUCCCAGCCCCUCCAACUUCUCCCUGUAACUUGCACGACUUUUUGUUGACAAAUAAUGUGCACAUCAAGGACAUCUUUUGUGAAAGGCUCCAGAAAUCCGUUAGUUGUGAAUGUAAUGACUCCUUUGCAGUGAUACCAAGUUGACUGGGGGAAGUGUUUUUUUAGAUUGUGGUUUUAUAGCUGCACACCCCAAACACAUGGGACUACCGAAAGCAGUAUUUCAUCAGAUGAGUAGAGGAGUGGAGUAAUUCUUGGCCAUUCUUCCAAAGGGAAGUAUUUCCAUUCUGACACCUGAAUAUGCCAAGGCCAAAUGAUGUAAGGUGACUCCAAGCACUCUUCCCACCACCAUUUGAUCACAGCUGCAGUAAAACUGCUAUGGUGCAAAGCUGCGUUUUAAUGGCUUUGGAGGUGGAGAAAUCUAUUUGAUGUUGGAUGUGACUUGCCUUCACACUCUGAUCUCCUUUUGUCCAAGCGAACAGCAGAGCUGCUUUGAAGGCUGAUAAUAACGAGACUGGUUGAAGGCACAGCCAGCAAUAAAACUCCAGUCUGGCAUUGCAUGUUACGAUUUACUUGGUACCCGGUCUGAAGCCAACGUCACCCACCUAACUCCAGCCACGGGUAUCACAUCUACAUCAAGUCAUUGUAUUUCAAUACGAUAAAUAAUGCAAAUAUCCACAUUUGAUGCCAUUUGCAAUCACUGUGUUGAAAUGUUUUCCAGACAAGUUUGAACACAGCAAAAAUAUUAAUGGAUCUUGUAAACACAAACUGUGAAUCUAAAUGGUGAUUUGUACAUAGAAUUUUUUUGUACUUUGAUAGCAUUUAAAAACAAAACAAAUGUGUGUUUAGUGUUGAAAUAAAAUGCUGUAAAAUUUGA